GCGUGAACAGGCAGAUGAACCUUCUCCGAAAGCGGCCUCAUCAAGAACGUGAAAGGGUAUGAUUUUUGUUAUAUACGACUGAGCCUCGAGGGCUUACCAUCACCCCGUUUUACAUGGUAACAUGUAUCUCCUCUUAGUUCACUGCUGCCACUGCAGUGCAGAGAAGGUCUGAAAGUAAAGUCAUCAUCUCUCAUUAUUGGGUCCGCUCCCUCCCCCAACACCCCUUUCCCGCUAUCCCUCCGCUCCACUUCCGGUGGAUCUCCCGCAACCAAAAAAUUUCACACCGACACAAGAGUUAAACAUCCACAAUCCUAUUCCGCAAUCGACCAUAGGAUUGAGAAUACAGCGCUUCCCGUUCGCUCAGCGGUACUUAAGCUCAAUGCCGGUCAGUUAGUACUAAAGUCGGUGACGAUUUGGGAAUCCUGACUGUCGAUUGUUUUUUGCUUUUUGCGUUUUCUGGUCCUUCUUCCACUGCCAUUGCCAGUGCCUCGCCGGCUUGUCGGCUUUCUCCAACUGGAUACGAAGUUGUACGGUAGUUGUGAAAAAGAAUUCCGUUGUUGAGAUUGUUAAACAACACUUGCAGUGUCUCAAGCUUGAUACAUGCCUGUCCGGACACGCGACGACGUUCCAUGACACCUCACCUCCCAAGCUUGGCAUUGGGUUCGUCGAAGACCAGACAAGCCCCGGCGAGACCGCCAGAGGAGUCAUUGGGAUUGAACUGAUCGUUGCCGUAAAGGUAACUUGCAGGCAAAAUCUGUCAGGGUCAAAUCGGCGGCGGUGGAAACAUAUCUCGCGCUGUGGUGACGGAGACCAUAUCUUCGUCCAUAGGUUUAUCCCGCUGGUGCCCAGAUCGAGCCGUACAAGUCUUUGAAAAGGAGGUUCGGCAACAGUUGAGACUGCAGGCAGGAUGUGGGGUAUCGGCCCAGCAGUAUUGCGAACUGGGCCCAUCUCUCGAAACAAUCCUUGCCCAUGGGCGAGGUUGGAAAGAUCAUGGCAAAGCAAUGCGGCAUUCCCUCGUAGCCCACGAAGUUGACCAUUCCGCCUCCCUGGGCCAUCCUGCGCGCAAGCACCUCAACUUCGUCUUCAAGAGUCUCGUUCCCCACACACAUCCAGAUAGGUGGCAUCCCUUUCCACAAACCUGGAUGGGCUUGCAUGGGCGAAACCAGAGGAUGUAACAUGCUCGAGGCAUUACAGAAGAUGUCGGCGCGAGGAGGCGAUGUAGGCCAAAACUCAUCUGGCAAUGGUUCGGUGUUCGAGAGUCCCGUGUGACCGAGAGGCUCGAGGUAGUCGUAGUGGGCGUUGGCGAUAUUGGAGGGCAGUGAACGGGUGAUGUCCACCCAGGGGGAGUUGACGGCAACGCCAGCAGGCAGCUGAACCGGAACAUCAGUGCCGUGGAAUCUAAUGGUGCUGGUACCCAUUCUCUGCAGGGCUAGAAGGAGUUGCAUCAAGGCAAUGGCCAGAUUGCCUCCUGCUGACUCCCCGGAAAAGACAAUGUUUUCCGCCGGUACAGGCUCGUGAAGUGACCCUGAGGGUGGAUGUAGGAGAGAUAGGUAAGCCACCAAGGCGUCGAGAAGUUGUGCCGGGAAAGGGUGCUGCGGUGCGAGCCGAUAUCUGACUGAGUAGCACCGCCCUCCCGUCAGCUUCGCCAGACGUGUCGUCGUGUCGCGAACGCUCGCGGGGUCCAUUAGGUAAUAUGCGCCGCCAUGGAAGUAUAGUAUCGUGACGGGCGAGGAGACGUCCUUCAUCAGGAGUUUGUACUGUUCCGGCUCUGGCAAAUCGGGUCUGGGCGUGUUGGGAGGAACAUUUUUUCUGUAGCCAGUCCACUCGGCUUCCACAGCUGCAAUGUCAGGAACAGCAUAUUCCUCGUUGCCAUAUCCCAACUCUUUGAUAGCACUGCACAGUACAUCUCUGACCCCACCGUCGUCCUGAGGUGGAGGGACUGUUACUUUUGCCACGACCGUCGGGCCCUUAAUGGGAGGACCUCUCGAUGAGUAGCGUUGCAUAAAACCUAUAGUGCGUCUUGCGCUGGUAAUAUCUCGCAGGAGAACUACAGCGACUUCAGUCUUCACAUCCUGUUUGGACGAACUCUUGGAAAGGGAUAGCGCGUUGAGAAGGGCGGUCUUGAUGAUAAGUGGCAGCCGGGGGAACAGGAGUCUCAGCAGUGUCCGCAGAGAGGUCUCCAUCAUCUAAACAGACAACGACAACAAGACGCCACCGCGAUAGUCUAGCACAACGAACGAGAUGAAGACAGAGAACAACAGCAGGAUGGAAGUUGUAUGAUUGUGAGGCGUUUGUAACAGGCUCAUCGUCGGUCUCAGUCGCUGAUACCGAGGCUGGUGGCUAUACAAUCAAUUGUACCCUGGCACGGUGGUAGCUUCACAUGCCAACGUCAUCGAUGCACUGAGCCAGAGAAGGCGAGCCCGUGCAACUUGAAAACUUCUACAACACAAUGCAUCUCAAUAAUAGAUGCAUAUACUCAUAUGCUUCAGAGAAGGAAAUCAAUCUACUGACAAAGUUCAUAUUCCAGUGGCCGGUAGUCCAAAACCGGGGAGUGACACCCAAACUUAAAGGCAUGGCGCAUCACAGCUAGACUUUGUCCUCCGGUUAUUCCAGAACGCUGUUCCAUUCUGAAUUGCAACAUGAACUGGAAUCUUGCGAUCUUCUGCUCAACUACCUCGGAUCAGACAACUGGAGCGCUUCGACAACAUAACAGACUGUAACUCGAUCAAGUCCGUGGGUGCGGAGAGAAACGGUGUCGAAGAGAAGAGCAACAGAGAAAGAGACUGGAAGAGCGAUUUAACCUUGGCCUCAUGACCACUACCAGCUCGGACUAUCAACGGGAAGAUGCAUUUUUGGGAGGCAAACGGAAGGCUCAUCCAGGGCUCUCCAGGGCUCGUCCCCCGCGGUAUCACCAUCAGGGGUAAAGAGGGUCUCCAACUGUCCCUGGAAAUUCUCGUGGAGAAAGAAAGGCCAAAGCCACAGCCACGGCUUAUGGAUACAGCUUCUCGUUUCGUUGCGUGUCUGCCUGGGUGCAGAAACGUCAGGGGGUGCCAGAAGAUCCUCAAGACGACGCUCCCACAAGGCUCAAAGGCUCCCAACUACACUCGCUUGUCGUCCGCUAUUUUUGGCUGCCGUCAAGCCAACCGUUGCGACAGCAAUUGUAAUUAUAUUCGACCAAUAUAUUUAUCAAUCACACUCCAGCACCCAAUGAUGAUGUGAAGUCUGGCGCAAAGAAGGAUGCUGUGUACCUUGUUGACUCUACCAAGACCACCAUAGAAUCAUCUUUUGCGAGGAUCACCUACUUGUACUCCACCACCAACCUCUUCGGGACAUCCGAAAAUCGCACAUAGAUAGUGCCUGUGGUGCCUUCACGUCAGUUGUUGUCAUUCAGAGUUCAGAAAAAGGGCGCACGGCUUGACCUAACGCAGGAAGACCCUCGGAACUUAUCUCUUACUACUGGAUCACGAUCCACCGAUGCGCUUACCUAUGUGCAUGAGAAUGCAUCACGAUGGAUGUUAUCAAUUUCUCGUGUUUCUUGGGGGCCCGGAGGCUCUGACUCUACAGUACAACUAGGCUGAACCGUUUUCUCAGUGGACGAGACCAUUCGGUUAAUGCACCAGAAGGGGUCCAGUGUCCGCCACCUCUCGCUCCAAGCCGCCAAUUUCCCCUGUCCCCAGACUCCUCCUAAUCCCGCGGUACUGGGUCUGGCUGUAUUGCUGCUACUACUGCUGCAAAGAGCACCGCGGCCAUAAAUCAAUACAUUCCAGCGAGGAAGGGAAAAACACGAAAGUUUGUGCUACUAUUCCUGCGGAGAACGCCCUGUUUCCGCCUUGUGCCUUGGCCGAACAUUCCCGACCCCCGGGUCUGCUCGCGUGUGGGUUACUGUCAUCCACAAGCCAGUACUUUUGACAGCGUGUAUGCAUGCAUGUUACAUCAACCACCAUACUGAGCCUGACCGUUGGCUCUACCUGGUCUCAAGGCCACCGCGAGUAUAUAACGAUAUCUCAACCGACCGUGAGCCAUUCCAACUGCCCCGUUCAAUAUCAUGUUGCAAGAAUGACCGGCCUUGGGCCUAUCCCUCCAUCUUCUGGUGAAUAUCAUUCGCAACGGCGGAUAUAAGAUUGUACCCGAUGACGGGCGAUAACUCAUACAUACCACUUACUACUAUGAAUUGGGACCAACAGAAUCAGAUCGCAGACAACGAGUCGCCAGACACGGCGUCACUGGGGUCGUGUGAUCACGUUUCUGGAGUACUGGCAUCCUCGUCGUCUCUUGGGACUGGCAAUGGCAGUGGCAGGGAGAGCGGGAUCAGCCAGCGACCAGGACCGCCACAGCAGCAACCAGCAACACAGCAGUCGCAAGCACAACACAAGACGCGGACUCUUGCGCCAAACUUGACGCGGCGGUCGCACAAGAAAUCGCGGGGAGGGUGUUACAGCUGCAAGAACCGGAAGAUCAAGUGCGGCGAGCAGAAGCCGACAUGCAGCAGUUGUGCGUUAAAGGGGUUGACAUGCAUAUAUCCCACGGACACGACAUCGCGCAACAACCACAAUAAGUCGACCAUGACCACAGCCCAACCACUGCCGGUACUGCGGCGCAAUCCGACGACCGGGCCAUCUUUUGCUGGUGAUCCCGGCGGUAUCGAAGGCGAAACCUCAACCUCCUUUUCCAUGUUGGACAUGCGGUUUUUCCACCAUUUUUUGACAAUGGCAUUCCCACAUCUGCCGGUCGACAACGACUCAGUAUGGGUACACGAGAUCCCCCAGUUUGCCGAGCAGCACGGGUACCUGAUGCACGCGAUCCUGUCGCUUGGGGCAUCGCACCUGGGCCGGCUGACGGGAGUCGACUACCGGCGCGAGUCGCUGGUUCACCGGGGCCAGGCGCUGGCAGGCCUCAACCGGGCAUUGAGCCACCAGCAGGGAACAUUGCGAUACGGCGAGUCUGACGCGAUGCUGGCGUCCUGCUACGCGCUGACCUUCCAAGCGUCGUACAUGGGCGACGGGCUGGCCGAUUUCAUCACCAUGGUGCGCGGGUGCGCACUCACCACCUCCAAGAUCCUGCAGGACCAGGCACCCACCGCUUUCAAGCUUGAUCCGGAAUCGCAUUUCCGCUUCAUGUCGCCCCGGCUGCACCGGCUGCCGGCCGUCGACCCCCAGCAUCUUCGAGAAGGGCACCAAGCCCUGCAACACAUCAGUGAUGCCCUGAACUUGAACUUGUCCUCAUUUGCGACUACAACUACUACUACCGACCGGGAGGCAGAAGUCAACUUCCACGCCGCCCUCGUCGACGUCAUCGUCGGUCUUCAAACCAGCCCAGCCACGGGCUAUCUACACUUCAUGGCCGUUUACACCGUCUGGGCGGGCCUGGGUCACGACAGUUUCAAGUCAUUUCUCGACCCAGACAAUCUCGUGGCACAGCUGCUGUUGGCCUAUUUUGUGGCUAUCCAGCUGCUCAUGGUCCCGCUCGCCACCCACGAGUGGGGUCGCCAUCGUCCGGCUCCCGACCAAGCCCGUGCCCGCGCCAGAGUCCUCUUUGGAGUGGUCGAAUGGGCCCAUUCCAUUUUUAAGCAUUUGGGUCAAACGGAACUAAACGUCCAUCUCGAAUGGCCGCGCAAAAUCGUCUCCAUUGCCAACGCCGAGAUCAGGGGUCUCCUUCUGCAGUCGCCCCCGGUCUUGCAGUUGCAUUUGACCCCGACGACAGAAACUGACGAUAAUGAUGACGGUCUCGGCGUCGGCGUCGGCGUCGUGGUCGCUGCUGCUGAUAUCGACCCGGAGGCCGUGGCAGAUUUGAACCAACUCUGCGCGGCCCAUCGUCAAUUGUAUACCACACCUUGAUGAAUGAAAGGACCACUCACUGAAUGGACGACUAAAUGGGUGUGGAUUUGUGACUAACUACAAUGUCGGGCCACGAGAUGCUCGAGAACUCGGAGUCCGUUGGGCUGUGUACCAUUGCGGAACGAUUCGAAUACGAAUUCGGCUUUCUAUUGUACUGUAUCGACCGACAUAUUCUCCCCUCCUGCUCUCCUCUCGUGCAAUCAGUCGACCAGUCGAUCGAUCGAUUGACUUGGGAACAAACCCCAAAACUGAAGAUUUCACCAAGACUCUCACCACAACAGUGUCGCGCAGCGGAGCGUCACCUUUCACUCGGACCAGAGCAAAGAAAGAAUCCCAAGUCCAAAGUUUGCCUUCCCAAGCGAUUCGACGAGUCGACCUCGGCUGUUCGUGGUCGAACACGAUCACCACACCAGCAAAGCCGACCAUGGGACAAAACGUGCGACAGUGAUGUAAAUUGUACAACGACGGUCCUAGACCGCGAUACUGGUACUUUCUGUCUGCACAUCUCAACUACCAACCUGCCUAUGUAGGUAUCUGUCUAUCUACGGUACAACAUGUACUUUAUUUCAUUCUCAGCCAAUCCAGGAGGUCGCAAAAAAGCUCCAAAAGAAGAAAAGGGGGGUGUGGCACGACUCGACUUGUGGUGAAUAAGGUACCCACCUAUAAGGUACCCAAGAGUAGAUAGGGUACCUAGUCGUCAAUCACAGUACUACUGUCAUACUGUCGUACUGAUUGUACAAUGUAGUCUGCAACACCAACACCAACACCAACACCAACCCUGAGCGACUCGGAAUCUACAAAUCUGCUAUCCCACUAUUUGCACAACAUGAAGAAUGAAGCAGGACAGAACAUGACAUGAACUGGUUUUCAUGUCGCUGGCAGCGAGUAACCACUACUACUAUAAACUGAGGACCGAGGUACAGCAGACAAAAGGUAGCCUAGCUAACAUGUAGCGCUGUACGUUGCAAGAUAAAGAAACACACUGGCACACAAUACUUGAUUCCGUCAUGUUCGUCAAUUUAGUACCUAGGUAAUCAACAUUGAUCAGGUCAUUAUUCAUUUGCAUUUGCAUCUUCGCUACGAAAUGCGAACCCCGUCUAGAGGGACUAACUAGGUACUC